AUGAGCAUUUCCAGAGAAGCAGGCGAGAAGAUUUUGGUAGAACAACGACUUGCGGUAGAGUCCAUUCGAACGUUUUUAAAUUCCAAGACUUCCUACGAUGUAUUACCUGUCUCAUACCGUUUAAUUGUUUUAGAUACGUCUUUGUUGGUGAAGAAAUCAUUAAAUGUGUUGUUACAAAAUAAUAUCGUUUCUGCCCCCCUAUGGGACUCACAAACGUCCAGAUUUGCUGGUCUUUUAACCUCUAGUGAUUUUAUUAAUGUCAUACAAUACUACUUCUCAAAUCCUGAUAAGUUUGAAUUAGUAGAUAAGCUACAGUUGGACGGAUUAAAGGAUAUUGAGAGGGCUAUUGGUGUAGAUCCGUUGGAUACGGCGUCCAUUCAUCCUUCAAGACCAUUAUACGAAGCAUGUUUGAAAAUGAUGGAGUCUAGGAGUGGUAGAAUUCCAUUAAUCGAUAAAGAUGAGGAGACACAUAGAGAGAUCGUCGUUAGUGUUUUGACUCAGUAUAGAAUAUUGAAAUUUGUUGCACUAAAUUGCAGGGAAACACAUUUCUUACAAAGACCCAUCGGAGAAUUGGAUAUAAUUUCCCAGCAGAAUAUCAGAAGUUGUCAUAUGACCACGCCGGUGAUCGACGUCAUCCAACUAUUAACUCAAGCGGGCGUUUCCUCCGUCCCCAUUGUGGAUGAUAAUGGAUUCUUGUUGAAUGUUUACGAAGCAGUGGAUGUGUUAGGAUUGAUCAAGGGGGGAAUUUAUAACGAUUUAUCAUUAAGUGUGGGUGAAGCACUUAUGAGAAGAAGCGACGAUUUUGAAGGUGUUUACACGUGUACCGUGAAUGAUAAACUAUCCACCAUUAUGGACAAUAUUAGAAAAUCAAGAGUGCAUAGAUUCUUUGUAGUGGAUGCCAAUGGCAAAUUGAUGGGGGUGUUAACUUUGAGUGAUAUUUUGAAAUAUAUCCUACUGGGGACCAACUGA